CCAUCUUACCUCUACAUAGGCUUCAUCUCUGUUCUUCCAUUUUCCAAAAACAUAUAUAUUGCUCCUUUGAAUUUGAAUAGCCUUAUUGUUUACCACUGAAUCUAGCAAACCCCUUAUCAAGAUCAAGUGGUCACAGCAUAUAUAUGGGUUGGUCAUGGGAAAUAGCUCUUGCAGUGGCAGUGCUUGCACUUUCUUGUCUCCUGCAAGCAGCAGCCUGGUUGAGGAAGAACAAGAAUGGGAGAUUACCUCCUGGUCCAAGAGGUCUCCCACUUGUGGGUCACUUUCACUUGUUGGGGAAGCUUCCGCACCAGGAUCUGCACCAGCUAGCCAAGAAACAUGGCCCCAUCAUGUACUUGCGCUUCGGCUUCGUCAAAAACAUCGUCGUUUCGUCGCCCGAAGCAGCCGAGCAGUUCCUCAAGACCCACGAUCUGGUCUUCGCCAGCAGGCCGCCUCACGAGGCAUCCAAGUACAUAUCUUACGGGCAAAGGAACUUGUCCUUCGCCCCGUACGGGCCUUACUGGCGGAACAUGCGAAAGCUCUGCAUCCUUCAGUUGCUUAGCGCCAACAAGAUCGCUUCUUUCCAGUCCGUGAGGAAGGAGGAGCUUGACAUUUUGGUCGGCAAGGUCAAGCAGCAGGCGGCUCGGGAGUGUGUGGCGGUGGAUCUGAGCGCUAUGGUUUCAUCCACGACCGCCGACAUUAGUUGUCGGAUGGUGAUCGGGAAGAAGUACGAGGAGGAAGAGUUGAACAGAGAGAAAGGGUUGAUAGCGGUGGUGAAAGAGGGGAUGAAGCUGGGGGCAAUUCCUAACAUCGGAGACUACUACCCCUACGUUGGAAAGCUUGAUCUGCAAGGGCUAACUCGGCGAAUGAAGGCUGUGAGUCAGGUGUUUGAUCGACUCUUAGAGAAUAUCAUCAACGAGCAUGUUCAGGACACGGGUCGAGGCCAGAACAAGGACUUUCUUGACAUCUUAUUGGCUUUCAUGGAAUCUGAACAAGCUGACUUCCGGAUAGAUCGCCGCCAUGUCAAAGCGGUGAUACUGGACAUGCUUAUAGGAUCCAUGGACACUUCGGCAACAGCAGUAGAGUGGAUUCUUUCUGAACUUCUGAGGCAUCCACGAGUGAUGAAGAAGGUCCAAGAUGAGCUUCAACAAUUGGUGGGGAUGGAGAGAAUGGUGGAGGAAUCGGAUAUAGACAAGCUGGACUACUUGGACAUGGUGGUGAAGGAAGCCUUGAGGCUGCACCCAAUAGUGCCAUUGAUGGUUCCUCAUGAAGCCACCCAGGACUGCGUCGUCAGUGGCUACCACAUACCGCGAAAAACCCGACUCACCAUCAACGUAUGGGCGAUUGGCAGAGACCCAAAUGCGUGGACCGACCCGGAGAAGUUUUUGCCCGAGAGAUUUGAGGGGAGUAAUAUCGAUCUUCGAGGCCAAGACUUCCAGUUGCUGCCUUUUGGGGCUGGUCGGAGAGGCUGCCCGGGGUUGCAGUUGGGGUUGCUGAUGACGACGCUAGUGGUGGCGCAGUUGGUCCAUUGCUUUGAUUGGGAGUUGCCUAAUGGCAUGCUGCCCAUGGACCUGGACAUGACUGAGGAGCUUAGUCUGGCUACGACGAGGGCUAAGCAUCUCCUGGCUAUUCCUAGUUUUCGCCUUCACAAAUGAAUUUGAUCCGUGAAGUCCCACUUAAUGAGGUUGCUUUUUCGCUAAAAUCAUUUAACGAAGUGAGUUAAAUGACUCAAUAACCAAGGGAUAUGUAUUAGAGAUAAUUAUAUUGAUCUGCAUUAGGUUUAGAAGAAAUUACAAGCGGUGUCUUUGUGCUUUGAAAAAUAA